AUGUCUCAUGCUGGUAAGGAUAUUAAGUUUUCAUUGAAAGUUAUGGUGAAUAAAAAGAAAGGGAAGGUUCUAUUUGCAGAAGUUGACAGCAGCUUUGCAGAUGUGUUGCUAAGCUUUCUCACAUUGCCACUCGGAACGAUCGUGAGAAUCUUGAAGAAGCACUACGGAGACGAUGCACCCGCCUUUGGAAGCUUGAGCACUCUCUACAACGGUUUAGCAAAUCUUGAUAGUGACCAUUUUUGGACAGAAGGUGCUAAGUCGAUUCUGCUGCAUCCACGAAGUUCAUCCGAUGCUGAAUGUAAAAAGCUAGGGCUCGAUAUUAGUGAUUCCCCACCAUUUGAAUAUUUUGUUUGUUCGAAGGAAUGCUAUAAACUUAGACUCCGUAGCAUAAGCAUGUUUUACGAUAUUACUGGUAAAUGCAAUUCCUGCAAAGGCAAUCUUAUAAAAGAAGUAGUAGAUAAUAAUGAUGCUCAAAUAGUUGCUUGUGAGGAUGGAGUUUUUACGAAGACGACAGUGUCGUUUCUGAUCACCGAUGAUCUGCAUAUAAUGCCUAAUGCGGGGCUCUCUCAAAUCGUCAGCGUGCUUGGCAUUACAGACAUGGACGAGGCUGAGACAAUUCUCAUCACCUUUGGAUUCCCUAAUGUUAUGGAUUUGCUCAAGGCAUCCUUGACAUCCCCGACUCCAUUGUCUGAUCUCAUAUUCAAGAAAACAACAAAAAUGAGCUCUACAAAAAGGAUCUAUGAAGAUGGAACUUCAUCGAUUUCAAACUCCAAAACGAUGAAUUUAAAACUUAUGGUACAAAAGUCUACGAACAAGUUGCUGUAUGCUGAAGCUGAGGAAGAUUUCGUAGAGUUUCUGUUCAGUUUCCUUAUAAUCCCACUAGGAGGAGUUGUGUCCCUUUUGUCGCGUAACUCAAACCUUAAACCUAUAGACAGCUUGUACAAGAGCGCAGCUGAUCUUAUCCAUGACAAGUAUUUCAAGAAUCCUGAUGCAAAAAAUAGGCUAAUCAAGCCCAGCAUACCUCAUGGUUAUCUCUCCGAAAACCACAUUCUUCCCCUCACUAAAGAAUGCCUUCUUCUUGCUCCCUACAAUAUUUUCAGUUGCGGUUGGCGUUCUUCUACUAGGUUUCCCAAUGGGCAAGGGAGUUAUCUUAAAGGACCGCGAACUUAUAAGAUUGCAGAUGAUUUAACCGUGACACCUUUUUGCAUUAUCUCCAUUCUUUCUGGUCUCAAAGAUCAGAAAAUCCCAGUAUCUGAUGUCAAAGAAGUGAUGCUGCAAAUCGGAUUGAAAGAGGCUUUGAGCAUACUGAAAGCAUCUCUUACAUCCACCACUGCUCUCUCCGACGCUCUGCUCAGUCAAGUAGUGAAGGAACCAUCAAAGAGAGAAGUUUGA